GCGCCCGCACCGGCCCUGGCAGCCGAGGCCCGGGCAGCGGCCACCCGCCGCGGCCACAGCCGUCUGGAACGUUUCCACUCGCCCAGCCCCCGCCGCCUCGACCCUGUCCCCGCCGUCCUAUAAAUGAGGGCGGCAGCGUGCGGCGGAGCAGAGGCGCCGAGGCGAUGCUGCGGGGCUGGCUGCUGCUGUGGGGGGCCCUGGCCCUGCGCUGCCGCGGCGACACGGCCUUUCUGCGGCGUGCGCAAGACGGCAGCGGCCGCUGCACCUACUCCUUUACGGUAGCCAGCCCCGACGAAGCCACCUGCCCCGAUGCCGGCGGCGUGCCGGAGCUGCGGGCGGAGCUGGCCGCCCUGGCCAGCCGCCUGAGCCGGCUGGAGAGCCGGGAUCGGGGCUCAGGGCCGCGGGGCAGUGAGGCGGCGGAGGCGCGGGACUCCCAGCAAGUGGCUUACAGCGAGCUGCUGCGGGCAAAGGCUCGGCUGGAGGAGGAGAAGGGGCGGCUGGAGCGCGAGAAAGAGGAGCUGGGGAGGCGGCUGGAGAGCAGCGCCCUGGAGCUUAGUCGCCUACGGGCCACCCGUUGCCCACCCGGCGGAGAGGGACCCGGCCGCGCCCCUGGCAAAGCCCCCCGCUGGGACCCGCAGCCCCUCACCUACCAGGAGCUGCAGUCAGAGAGGACGGAGGUUCCGGCGUCGCGGCUGCUGGAGGAGACGGCGCUCGGCCGCCCGGGGAGCGAGGACUCGGGCUGUGGUGAGCUGGUGUGGGUGGGGGAGCCCGUCGUCUUCGGCCGGGCAGACUCCAUCGCCGGCAAGUACGGUGUGUGGAUGAAGGACCCUGAGCCUGUGCCCCCCUUCACGCGGGAGACCACCUGGCGCGUGGACGCCGUGGGCACCGAGGUCCGGCAGCUCUUCCAGUACGAGGCGGCCGAGCAGCUGGCCCGGGGCUACCCUGCCAAGGUGCACAUCCUGCCACGGCCCCUGGAAAGCACGGGGGCUGUCAUCUACCGGGGCGGCUUCUUCUUCCAGCCGCGCCGCUCCCGCGCCGUGGCCCGCUACGACCUGAGGGGAGAGGCCGUCACGGCUGAGAGGGAGAUCCCCGGCGCUGGCUACCAUGGGCAGUACCCCUACUCCUGGGGGGGCUACACCGACAUCGACCUGGCGGUGGAUGAGACGGGUCUCUGGGUGAUCUACAGCACUGAGAAAGCCCGGGGGGCCAUCGUCCUCUCCAAGCUGGACCCCGACACGCUGGAGAUCCGGCGGAGCUGGGAGACCAACAUCCGCAAGCGGGGGGUGGCCAACUCCUUCGUCAUCUGCGGCACACUCUACACUGUCAGCAGCUACUCGGCGCCCAACGCCACCGUCAACUUCGCCUACAACACGGCCACCAGCACCAGCCGGGCCCUCAGCAUCCCCUUCGAGAACCGCUUCCGCUACCUCAGCAUGGUGGACUACAACCCCAGCGAGCGGCAGCUCUUCGCCUGGGACAGCUUCAACAUGGUCACCUACCCCAUCCGCCUCUCCCACGCGUGAGCCGGGGCCAGGGCCGCGCCGGCUCAGCCCCCCCCUCCCCUGUGCGUGCCUUGGCACCCCGCUUUGCUACCCAGCUCCCCCUGGCACGGCCAGCAGCACCACCUCAGACAGCCCCGGGGGGAUGGUGGGGGCCACGUGCUGCCCAGACUCAACACCAUGAGGCCACCAACAUCCCAUCGUGCUGGAGUGCAGCAGCAAGAAAUGGAGAGCUUCUCCAGAGCAAAACACCUCUCCCCAGCCUCAGCAGGUUUUGGAUGGGCCAUAGCAGGCAGUACCCAGCCCUGAGCUGGUCCAGUGUCCUCUAGGAGGACCCAGCCCAGCCACCCCAAAUUUGGAGCAGGGAAGGCUGGUGCAGAGUGCAGGCCAGGCAAGAACAAGGAGGGAAGGUGGGGAGGGGCUGCCCAGGAGGAUCUCACCUAAAAAUAAAUGCUUUCCCUGUUUGCAAGCAGUGAUCCCCUUGGCAGGGGUGGGCUUUGUGUUUCCCGGUGCCGAUGGAGCACAAGAACCACUAUUGCCUCUGGCAAUAGUUUUGGGGAGACCUCUGUGGCUUAGGCCAGCCUCAGGGCACAGAGCAGCCUCCCCCAGCCCCACUGCCUCCAACACUUGCAUUCCCCAGGGACAUCCCACAGCUCAGCUGCCUCCAAAAUUCAUCGGGGAGGAUGAAAAGCAGCAGGGAAUACAGCUAACUCAUUGCACAAGCCUUGUUACACUGAGGAAGAAGCUGAGAGCAAUGGUGAGGAGUGAUGGCAGAGCAUCCCCCAGCCUCGAGGCCCCUUGGCACAUGCAGCAUCUCCCAGCCACGUGCUUUGGCUUUAUGGGUUCUGCCUGACUCAGGCCUGUACUCCCCCUGCCAGCCCCGAACAUGCUCUUUUAACUAUUUAUUGUAGAAGGUUUAUAGGAGGCUUUUUCUUCCCCCUCUGUCCCUGGCUGGGGCAGAUGGAGCCACUGGCUGCAUCCCCAGGGGCCAUGCAGGGUCCCAGCCCAAUAAACAUUACCCACCAUCACUG